GCGUCAUGGCUUCCAAGAUGCAGGAUUGUUAUCAGUGGUUCCUCCAAUACAAGAAAUGGGUCAUGAACAAUCCUCAGGGGGCAUCAGAAAUGGAAAGUGUGGUGAAAUGGGGGUCGUACUUUUUAGCUGGUCGUUUCAAGGACUCAACUCUCCUUUGUGAGAUAGUUUAUUCAGGAUCGAGACUUUUUGAGAUGUUCAAUGACUUCCUGGUUAGGGGAACUUUGCCUAAGCUUACCUCAAAGCAAGGAGACAAAUUAAAGGUGUUCCUAACUAUUUUGGAAUAUGUGGAGGUGCUAGUGGAAGUUGCAGCUGUUCAGUUAUGGGGGGAAAUGGGUCGCUGGGCAGUAGUUGCUAUCAUUCAACUAACAAAAUGUAUUGGCCGUUUCCUUCUGGUUCUGAAGUAUAAGACAUCACUAGUGUCAUCCCCACCAAUCAAGCCACUAGACCGCAGAGCUGUGAUGCAAACCAGACAGCAGAUGUACAACAAUCAAGGCUCAGUUCCUGAGUCAUUCCGUCUUCCCCAUUCUGGCCGUGUCAUGAGAACUCUUGCUGGAGCCCCACCAACUCAUCAGCGUACAUUUAACCCACCACAGCCUCCCAGUAACAAUGAAAAUGAAACAGUUGCUCAAAAGAUGUUAUCACCAAAGCAGCUAACAGCAGAGGCAUUGCAUAUUUUACGACCCAUUGGGCAUUUGACCAGUAUGUAUCUCUUUGGAAAGCAGUCUUGGGCACCCUGGGUUUUGGCUCUGGGCAUGGACAUUACAAGCUUGAACCUCUACAAUGAGUCCAUGUUGUCAGCUGCAGAACGAAGUGAACUGGCUCGAAGGAGAAUCAGUUUGUUAUACUACCUUGUCCGGUCUCCAGCAUUCCACACAGUGACUCACAAGCGUAUAAAAUACUUCUUGACCACAGUGGGCAAUAGAGUCCCUUUGGCUCGAACAGUUUGCCAGCCUUUGCUUGAAUACAUUCCUGAAUGGCAGAAGAUUUAUGCUUACACUUGGAGUUAGGUUGUCCCAAAGAGAGAGACUGUGAAUAGGUGAUAUUCAGAAGGUGUACAAUACAAUCUGGAGACAAUGAAAGAUAACCUCUUACUGUACAUAGAUGAUGUACAUAUAUAACUCUCGUUAUAUAUUUCUCUACCUUUAGUAUACAACAAUUGUAAAUAAUUUGCAUAAUAGCUUAUUGUCAUUGGUUUAUAGAUUGUUGAUAUUCUCAAUCUUCAUCAGAUAGAAAAAGGUUGAUACUAAAUUAGGUAUAGUCAUUUUGCAAAAAACAACAACAUUGAGUUGGUUUUAUACUGAGGAUAUAGAGGUUUGAAUAUAUAGAUAUUAUGCAGUAUUAUGUGCUAAACCUGAGCUAGUCAGAGUUAUUAAGGUAUUUGGAAGGUGAGAAAUAGCUUAAACAACUAUGGAUUUUACUCCCUAAAAAUUUGCAUAUGUAAAAGAUAUUGUAAUUUGACAUGCAGCAUCUGCCUCAGCAAAUGAUUACAGUGUUUCAUAAGCUGAUUUUAAAUGCUAAAUAU